AUGGCAAUAUCCAAUGCUUCUUUUUCGACUCUUCUAAUUUGUUUCAUAAUCUUGGCCUUUGCUUUUCCUUCUCAUGCCCAAAAUUCCCAAACAGACUACCUCGCCGCUCAUAAUUCCGCUCGAUCUCAAGUUGGUGUUAGUGCAAUAACAUGGGACACUACUCUUGCAAAUUACGCACAAAAUUAUGCCAAUCAAAGAAUUGGCGAUUGCAAUCUUGUCCAUUCUAAUGGACCUUAUGGUGAAAAUCUUGCAAAAGGGACUGGUUCUUUCACUGGCACAGCUGCUGUUAAUUUGUGGGUGGCAGAGAAGCCAUACUAUGACUAUACUAACAAUUAUUGCACUGGCGGAAAUCAGUGUCUGCAUUAUACUCAGGUGGUUUGGCGUAACUCGGUUCGAGUUGGUUGUGCUAGGGCUCAGUGCAAUAAUGGAUGGUGGUUUGUUAUUUGCAGCUAUGAUCCUCCUGGCAACUACGUUGGUCAACGUCCUUACUAAAUAUUUCUCAAGGACUAAGAGUUUGAUUAAAUAAGAACAUGAUCAUUAGAAUGUGAUGAAUAAGCUACUUAAAUGGAGCAAAACCUAUCAGUAAAAAUAAGUGAAAGUGAUAAUAAGAUAGAGGUUUUAUAUAUGAUCUGUAUUGGCAGCAUUUAGUUUCGUUGCACCAAAUAAUUUGGAGUAACGAGCAUUUGUAGCUGCUGAAUUGUUGUCUUGUACCUGUUGUUUUGAGUUAUUUGGUCUGAAUUAUAUGCAUGACAGAGUUGGUUAUCA